AUGCCUUCAACAGUCUCAUAUCUUUUCGCGGUGUAUUUUGUAUCACUACUAUUCGCAAAGUUGCUACAUUUGUAUAUUCACAUUCACUCAAUUUCAGCCCUUGACUUUAUUGUCUACCUACCGAGCUUCUUUCUACAAGAUGUCUUCCUAGUUCUCUUGGGUCGCGUGCUACUGCGUCGAGAGCGAACAAUUGCUUCCUUUGUUGGUUAUGUUUUCGGGUGUAUCCUCACUGUAAUAACAUUCGCUGCCGCUGCGUCGGAACUCGGCUUUCAUUACAGAACAGGCGGCGAGGUCGAAUGGAGCGACGCAGGCGAUUUUGCCAACGACGAAGGCCUCAAUGUUCUCAUCAGUGAAAGCAGCAGUGUCGUGGUUUCGGCAUUGAUAAUUCUCAUUGUCUCGUGGUUACCCCAGAACUACCUUUACAGAACCGUUGGUAACGUCGUGUCGGGUCUUGGUAAGCGCAUCGCUUCAGUGUCUCGAUACCUACGAGGAAAGAUCCGCCCCCAAAAUCAGCAGUACCAGCAUGAUCCCGAAAACGCCGAGCCUUUCCUCCAGCGCUCCAACACCGGAGGAUCUGCUUCUGAGAGUGGGAAUGCAUCGCCUGACCCGAACUACGAUGGAGAGGAGAAGGAUUCUGAGGAUUCGACACCAAAGAAGCGACGCAUGUGUGCCUUUAUUCCAUCUUGGGCCAUCACGACUGCCGCCGUCCUCUUUAUUAGCAUUACCUUGAUCGCUCGCCCCGACCAGCCUUACAACCACAUGGCCAGCAGUUUGCCUUUGCGGUUACUCGAUUCAGUGAAGCCUGAAUUUGGACGUUGCGCCUCUCAGAACGAGUGGCCUCUCAGAGGACUCAUCGAGAACUCUAAGUGGCAGGCACCCAAGGGCGAUUUCAAGGGAUGGGCUCCCAGCAAAAACAACAACGAAUAUGUUAAGAACUACAGAGAGAACCCUCCCAAGUGGCUGCCUAACCCUAUUCCCAGCGGGUUCCUGAAGUGGGAUCCCCAGCGAUACAAGGACGAGCUCGAUAAGAAGGAUGGUCCUAGUGAAACUUGCCCGAACACUCUACAGGAUCGGGGCUUUUACAACCCCGUCAACGAUCCAAUGCGAAUUACUAACCUUGACCAAGAAAUCCUUGCGCCCAUCCAAGAAGCCCUAUCCAACAGCUCUGUCAAGAUUCGACACGUUGCUCUGAUUCUUAUGGAGAGUAUGCGCGAGGAGCUCUUCCCACUCCAGCAAGGCAGCGACAUUCACCGUAUCAUUAUGGAGUCACACGAAGAAAAGCUCAGAGAUGAAAUCACCGGUCGACUCGCUCAGAUGACGCCGAACUUCGAGAAGAUCACCGGAAAGCCUGGCAAUUAUGCCUACGCAAAUGGCACCGCUUGCACUCAGCCCGAAAAGACUUUGUGGAAUGAUAAGACCAAGCCUGGUUUUGGUGGUGUUAACGUUGUCGGAGGUCUGACCAGCAGUAGUGUCUCGACCAAGAGUCUCGCUGCAGCCCAUUGCGGUGCCUGGCCCAUGGCUGUCAACAUGUUCGAAGAAGCCGAGCUCGAGAGCUAUCAGCCCUGCAUCCCCCAGAUUCUUGAACUGUUCAACAAGGUCAAAACCAACAAGACAGCACGCGGCUGGUUUGAACUCGGCGGAAACCAACACGCCAAGUUCCACGAGUAUCAGUGGAAGCCCGGUUUCUUCCAGGCCGUUACAGACUCCUACGAUCGGCAGGAUAAGUUCGAUGCCAAGAUUGGAUUCGAUUUCAAGGUCACAAAGCCAAAGCUCGACGAAGAAGCCCGCGGCAACCCUAAGAUGGAAGAGAUCAACUACUUUGGUUAUCCUGAGACAGAUCUGAAGGAACACAUUAAGAAGUUCAUUAACGAUGGCCUGACUGAUAAUAAGCGUCUGUUCAUGUCACACUUUACCAGCACAACCCAUCAUCCAUGGGGUGUUCCCAAGUGGUACGAUACCCAGAAGUUCAUGGGCAACCAGGGCGGCCGACACCAAGACUUCGACAAAUAUCUCAACACCAUUGCCUUUACCGACAGAUGGCUUGGCGAGCUUAUGCAGAUGUUUGAGGAUACUGGAAUUGCUGAGGAGACCCUGGUUGUUUUUGUCGGCGAUCACGGACAGGCGUUCAAGGAGGAUUUCUCCAAGACCGGUACCUACGAGAACCGACACAUCAGCAACUUCCGAGUUCCUAUCUCCUUCCAUCACCCCAACAUCCCUCGAGUUCAGUAUGAGGCCAACGUUACCUCUAUCUCUAUCCUUCCUACCGUUCUUGACCUCCUUGUCAACUCGGGAUCAUUGAACAAAGAAGACUCCGCGAUCGCAUCCGACCUCGCCAACGAUUACGAGGGACAGUCCCUUAUUCGACCAUACCGAAAGACCUUUAACGGCCGCCGUGCUUGGAACUUUGGACUUAUCAACCCAGGUGGUGGUAUGCUCACGGUCACAUCAGCUGAUGCACCUUGGCGACUGGCGGUUCCUCUCAAGAAGGACCUCGAAUACACAUUUACAGAUCUCGGCAAAGACCCUCUAGAGCUAGAAGCUCUGAGUAAGUGGUCUAUCAAGUCCACGGUCAAGGCAGUAAAAAGCCAGUACGGCGGUGCAGCCGCCGACUGGGUGCGCGAAGCUGACGAGGUUGCCCACUGGUGGGCUCUCGAGCGAAGACGCCUCUGGGGAUACAACCCUUCAGAGGAUUAA